UAGAGUGAUCUGAAUUACGUGCAUACAUUUUUAUACCGCUGAAGAUGUGCAAUGCUUUUACUGGACAUUUUUAUAUAAUUAUUUUUUCUUCCCGAUUGCUAACAUUGGCAUAUGUGAAUGAUAAAACAAAAAACGCCGGCUUUUGGUAUGGCUAUUGCCGGAAGUAGACAGCACAGUGGCGCAGGCAGACGAAUAGACAACCUACAUUUUCCUGUUGAGGGUCCUUUUUUAGCGUCGGUUGCGUAGAAACUGCUGUUGUAAAUUUUUGAAGCACUUUCUCAAUAACGAAGUAUCGCUCAGGCUACAUCGAUAAUUAACCGAGUCGUGGUUAAUAGGAGUCCAGUCAAACGGCGCUGCUUUGUAUUUUUGUUCAACUGAACAACUUCUAACUGAUAAUCUUGUAUAAAGAGUCGCGACGGUGGAGCAAUUUGGCGAAUGAUGAAUGGAAGGGAUUUGGUUAUCUCUGAUGAUUAAUUAAAACGGAGCAAAAAGAAAAGCCUAACCGGAGAAGUCGAAGGCGGUAGUGGAUGAAGGGGCUGUGUGCCCGUAUUUAGUUUACCGUAGAUGUUCGCUGCUUGCUCCUAAGGUCGGGAUCGCGUUUUUACCUCCGCAAAGCCAAAAGAUGGCCGAGAAUGCUGCUGGUUUUUCCGAUCUGAAUCAAGAUAAGUAUGACAAAGAUGAGCUUAAAAUCAUCUGUUUGGGCGACAGCGCUGUUGGAAAAUCAAAGUUGAUGGAGAGAUUCCUCAUGCAAGUGUAUCAUUCCAAAGACCUGUCUACCUACGCACUCACACUUUACAAAUAUCCAACAACUGUGGAUGGAAAAACUAUCUUAGUAGAUUUUUGGGAUACUGCUGGACAGGAGAAAUUUCAGAGUAUGCAUCCUUCUUACUACCACAAAGCUCAUGCCUGCAUUAUGGUUUUUGACAUUCAGAGAAAAAUAACCUAUAAAAAUCUUGGCAACUGGUACAAGGAAUUAAGGGAGUAUCGCCCAGAAAUCCCAUGCAUAUUAGUUGCAAAUAAAAUCGAUGCUGACAUGAAGGUAACCCAGAAAAACUUCAGUUUUGCUAAAAAGCACGGACUUCCCUUCUAUUUUGUUUCUGCUGCAGAUGGCACAAAUGUAGUUAAGCUGUUCAGAGAUGCAAUCAAACUGGCAUUAUCUUAUAAGCUAAAUUCCUGUGAUUUCAUGGAUGAAGUCAUGCGCGAAUUAGAGAACUUUGACAUGGACAAGAAAGAUGACUACUCAGAUAAAGAAGAUGACAGUUUAAAGGAAGACAACAUCAAAAAGACAUGACCUACCCUGGUCUUCAUAAAAUGAUUUGGGUUUUAAGCGGAAUAGUAUCUUAUUUUAUUUUCCUGACCGUCUUUGAAAGGAGAAUCUGUUUGACUGCUGAAAACACACCAGUGAGAAAUAUACAUUACCUAAAAUAUCUGACCAUGAUAAACUCUAUUCAAAUUCAGAUUUGUCCCACCAGAAAAAAAACAUUGUACUGUGCAGACUCCUAUUGUUCCACUUUAUGAAUUUGAGUCCUGUCAAUUGAUUUUGUUGCUUUAUUUAAAACUGUGAAUAUUACUGCCACAGCCAAAAGGU